AGUACAUUCAUUACGAUUCUUCUGACGAACUACACUCCUUACGCGAGGGACCUCGCUCGCUCCGUCAAACACGAAAGCUCCGAUCGCAUGACCGAGACGCCGUAAAGGGAUAAGAUGAGAACAGCUUCAGUGUUGGCCGCCGCGUUGGUGGCGGUGUCUUCGGUGGUAGCCGUUGAGGAGACGCCAAAGCCGAAGUAUUACUUCCCCCGCCAUGUCAAGCGCCAGUUCACCAACGACACGAUAACAACGCCGCAAGAGGGCCUAUCAACGACCUCGUCAGAAACGACCAAGAGGCAGGUUGAGUCGGGUUCGGACGAGCUGGGUGUCCCCAGUGUGACAACAAUUGUUAUCUCGAGCACGAUCUACGUCUCACCACCGUUCUUCACUCCUCCCGUGUUGUUUCCGACGAAUUCUACCGCAUCCAGCACUGUGUCCGAGAGCGCUUCUACUAGCGAGAGCUCUUCCAAGAGCAGCAUCGACGAGAGCUCGACCGGCAUCGCUUCGUCUACCGAGACGGCUCCUGAGACCAGCUCCUCCAUUGAUAGCUCGUCAACCGAGCCGUCCACGUCCACACCAGAGAGUACCUCGCCAACCGAGCAGUCUACGUCCAACCCAGAGAGCAGCUCACCAACCGAGUCGUCUACGUCCAACCCAGAGAGCAGCUCACCAACCGAGUCGUCUACGUCCAGGCCAGAGAGUAGCUCGUCAAUCGAGUCGACGUCCAAAUCAGAGAGUAGCUCGUCGACUGAAUCGUCUCCUUCUGAAUCGGGAAAUAGCUCGACAGCUGAGGAGACAUCAACAUCUGUGAACUCCCAGGCCACCACGUCAAGCACAUCCGAGAUUCUGCUGGCUCCAACCGGUAUUGUCACAACGACCUCAAGCACCACCGAGAAUGAUAACCCGAUUAGCUCCUUGUUCAGCGAGAUCGACUCGGGGCUUUCAAGCAUCUUUAACCCGACUCAAAACGCCACCUCCACGCUGUUGCCCAGCCCUUCAGACGAAAUCAGCCUUUCGGAUGGAAUCACUGGGCCGGGCACUGGUGUGUCUACCACUCCUCCGGUGACAGUGACUGAGCCGCCCCCGCAGUCAACAUCCACGACUGGUGACUUUGAACCAUCGACGAGCGACCUGGAGCCAUCGACGAUCACGAAUUCGACGAGCACUCCCACUCCCACCGACACUGGGAGCGCUGGAACGAUCACCCCGAGCUCUUCUCUUACUCCAUCGGCGACCGGUCUUGAUCCUUCUACCAAUGGCACAGCAACCUUCGCCCCAAGCACGGGGUUUUCGUCGUCGACCUCGAGUUUUUUCUCCGACAACAGCACGGCCCCGACUGGCAACAGCACGGUGCCAUCGGAAACGUCGACUCUUCCGCGACCAACCAGCACCUCCUCGUCCGAGAGUUCGUCGAGAAGCUCCACCACCACCGGCCCCGAGGAAGCUGGAGGCGUCACGAGCAUCCCGCCUGUCACCACCUUCACGGGCACGCCCUCGACACCUUUCAUCCCUUCGACCAUCAUUGUUGCCCCCAGUACCUCGUCGGCCACGGGCUCGCCUACCACAACGGCGAGUGGCAUUCCGUCCAAGUUCCCAUCCGCCAUUGCGCCCAACAACGCACCAACCACGCAGCCUGAAGAUACCAUGCUUAUCCAAAUCGGAUUCCGCGAGGGUUACCAGUAUCCGUUUGUUGUGCAAAACGACAAGGCUGCUGCUCAGAUUUUCAAAUUCCUGCCGCAGGCCUUGAGCGAGGCGGCCAACUUUGAUAUUAGCAAGGCCCAGGUCAAGCGACUGGUUCCGAUGGAUACGCAGAACUCGCUGGGCUACAUCACGACGUGCGCGAUCGUGACGUAUCCUGUCAAUAUGGUGGAUGCUCUGGCGAUCGACAUCAAGGUGCCGAGCUCGCGCUUGUACAACAGCCCUAACGAACUCCUCUACAAUCUUACGCAUCAGAUCAACCCGGCGAUUCCCAUCAGGCUCGGCCAAUAUCCCGAUGGAUUAGGCGGGGGCUCUAGCGGAUCUUCUGGCGACGACUCUUCCGGCGGCGGCAGCUCUAGCAGUGACCCUUUUGGCGGCAACGGCGGCAACAACGCGGAUAGCCAGAGCAGUGCGCAGCGGGGUACGACGGCGGGCAUCGUCAGCGGUGCGGUCGCCGUGGCUGCGGCGUAUGGCGUGGUCAUGUUCGUCGUGGCGCGGCGAUACAAGCGCAAGAAGCAGGCCCACCGGCGGGCGAGCUCCAUCAGCAACCCGUCCGAGAUGAGCGAUGCCGGCCGCGGCAGCCCUGCUCUCAUGGGCGGCGCCUUGCUGAGCCGCGACUUCACCAGCAGCUACGGUGCGGUACCAUCUGGAGGGCGCGAUAGCCAUGGCAGUGGAAGGAGCGGCAUGGGCAACUCGGGCCGCACUCAGUUCAUCUCGGCGCCCGUCGCGGCUGAGAACUCGCUUGGCUGGAAUUGAUCUGCCCCGGAUCGUGGUCCAUCUCUUGGUCGCGCCUCAGGACCCGAACUUAGCUCCGAUCCGCCAUGACCGUGCCUUUCACCUUAUCUUUUGACUUGCUCCUCCGACCGCAACUCACGCCCAAACGCUGCAAGAUUCACCCUCUCGCCUU